AUGCAGGGGACCUGGAUGGUGCUGUUGGUACUGGUAUUGGCCACCUGCGGGGAGCUUGCUAUGGCCUUGAAGUGCUAUACCUGCCAGGAUCCUGUGAGUGUGUCCAACUGUGUCACCAUCACCACCUGCCACAUCAAUGAAACCAUGUGCAAGACCACACUCUACUCCCGGGAGAUUGUGUACCCUUUCUUGGGGGACUCCACGGUGACCAAGUCCUGUGCCAGCAAGUGUGAACCCUCAGACGUGGAUGGCAUUGGCCUAACCCGGCCAGUGUCCUGCUGCAAUUCCGACCUAUGCAAUGUGGAUGGAGCACCCACCCUGUACAGUCCUGCUGGCCUGGUCCUCGCCCUGGCACUUACCUUUCUCUUGGAACUCCUGCUGUAA